AGUGUUUUAAUUGAAUUUAGUUAAUCUGACAAUGUGCACUAUAUACAUGUAGGGAAUCUAGAAAGUCAAGUUAAUAAUGUCGUGAUUUUCUCCGCGCCAUUCUGUUUAUCAGACGGUGAACUGACAAUUCAUUAACAUUGAUAGGAAAACCUACAGUACAAGCUUAUACCGUGUUCCUGUGAAGUCGAAUUAACUUAUGUAUAAUUGAUGAAGGCGACGCGAGAGACAAAGUAACUUAUCAGAAAUCAGUAUAACGGAGGAACAAUAUCCGCUGUGAUUGACUUGUUAGAACGAGUAAUUAUACUAAUUGUAACCAGGAUCAUACAUUAUGAAAAACCUUGAUCAUACAUGAAGAUUGGAAGAAAUACAAUGUUUUCAGAGUCUUCGUGAGUUCUUGUCAUGUUAUAUUUGAAACUGCAUUGUUUCCUCUGUUGCUACAUGUAUAUUUAUUUCAGACUUGAUAUAAGUCCCAGUUCUUUCAUCAGUUUGAAAUUUCAUUUUAAAAGGCUACACGCGUUGCUGUUGCUGUUGCUUCCACGAUGCUGAAUGAUCUGUGAUCAGGCGUCAAAGAAACGUGAUGAGAAUUUGGAGGAGUCCGAUGUUGAACUAAAAGUCAUCUAACACGUACUUAUUCAGUGACGUAAUGGACUACAUGGAGGACGGUUUGUUCGAGGUUAUCUCUAGAGGGGACACCGCGGGGUUCCGGGAUUACCUCCGUCGGGGUUUGGACGUCAACCACGCGUUCAGAAGCACCGAUCGACCAAACCGCCUCGGAAAAACGAUACUAGAGGUCGCUUUGGAGAUGAAACAGCCGGAUAUUGCGUCAUUGCUUGUCGAAAACAAAUGCAAUGCUGACUUAAAGUAUAUUGUCGAUGUGCGGAACUAUGCGUAUUUUCUCAGUGAAUACAAAAAGAAAGACAAAUUGAAGUUAACUCCCAUGUUUGCUGCUGUUGUUCACGGAGAUGUUGCAACCAUUAAAAUUCUCGUGAAAGGUGGAUAUGACGUCAGCAGCCAUGAUGAUCGCGGGUGUACCUCACUGUGGCAUGCAGUAGAUUUAGAUAACUACGACAUGGUGAAACUAUUGCUUGGUGGAGGUAAUUCAAAGACUGCUGUCAAUGCACCAGACAAUGCGAAGUUACGACCUCUUCACAUUGCAGCAAUGCAUGGAAAUAGUCGGAUAUCUUCGUUGCUAAUUCGAGGUGGAGCGGAAGUGGACGCAACGCAAAUCCGAGGUUGGACGUCACUUCUGUUGGCGUGUCGCGCAGGCUCAGAACCGACGGCAAAACUGCUGCUUCUGAAUGGCGCCGAUCCAAACCACGUGGGUAAAAACGGUCACACCCCUUUGUCCACGUCACUUCAAUUUACAGAGAGCUACAGCAUUGCUUACAUGUUGUUGGAGUCCGGAGCUGAUGUGAACCUUGAACUGUUGAGACGCUGUAAGGCAGAGAAAUUCAUGAGUCUCCUCGCUAACCCCGGCCUGUACAGUCUGUUAAAGUUCUGUUCGGAAUCACCCCGGACUCUUCGUACGUUAUGCUGUUCGCUGAUAAGAAAAAACUUACUGAGUUCCGCAAGUACUGUUCACUUGGUACAAAAAGUCGAACAACUUCCCCUUCCUAAGCUUAUCAAGGAGUAUAUACUUCUUGGACAGUUGAUAUGACAAAUUUGAAUGUUUCCACAUUUCAAAAAGAGUAUUCCAUUUGCCCAUUUGUCUUUCACUAUACUCCUGUCUUGGAUGGAUGAUGACCAAAGACGAACACGUGCAUAUUUUGUUUCGAUGAUCAUGCUCUUUUCAAAAUGUGUUGCUCGGUGUAGCAGCAUUACCUGCUCUUUCAGUAUUGAUUUGAAAGACACACUCUGAAUCUCAGUAUAUUUAUAUGUGUAAAAAAUGACUGAGGAUAAGUAUUGUGCAACCAAUCGAUCCUCAAUCAAUAAAUCAAUCAAUUAAUUAACCAAUCAGUCAAUCAAUCAAUCAAUUAAUCAAUCAAUCUAAGAAACAGUCUUUAUCAUUUAGUUAAACAUGGUAAUUCAUCAACAUUGACCCAGCAGUAUCUAACACCUGUGAUAAAAUGACUUUUAAAAAUAUUUUUAUAA